UUUUUCAAAACUUCGAGUACUUUAUGAAGUGGUAAUUAGCUUGCGGAGAAUAAAACCAGCUGAUUUGGACAGGGCUGGGGCAUUUUGGAGUGAGAUGGCUAACAGCAAGGUUGUAUCACUCCUUCUCGGAUUCCUCCUCCUCGCUCUGCUUCAACCUUCACUUCAAGGAGGUGUGUAUGUCCCAGCAGGAGGUGUCGGAGGAGGUGCCGGACCAGGUGCGGGUGCUUACCCAGGAGCAGGGGGAUACAAACCACCGAAACCUGCAUAUGGAGGAGCGGGAGGCCUGGUGCCGGGCGGAGGAGCGGGAGGAUUAGUGCCUGGAGGAUACGGAGGAGCUGGUGCAAAGCCCCCUAAACCAGGGUAUGGUGGUGCUGGCGGCCUGGUUCCUGGUCGGGGAGUCGGAGGACUUGGAGGUGGCUAUGGCCCAGGAGGAGCAGGCUUAGGAGCUGGCGGACUUGGGGCAGGAGCUGGUGGAAAGCCUCCUAAACCAGGCUAUGGUAACCUUGGUGGUGUUGGCCCAGGAGGAGCAGGCUAUGGCCCAGGAGGAGCAGGCUUAGGAGCUGGCGGACUUGGGGCAGGAGCUGGUGGAAAGCCUCCUAAACCAGGCUAUGGCCCAGGAGGAGCAGGCUUAGGAGCUGGCGGACUUGGGGCAGGAGCUGGUGGAAAGCCUCCUAAACCAGGCUAUGGUAAUCUUGGUGGUCUUGGCCAAGGAGGAGCAGGCUAUGGCCCAGGAGGAGCAGGCUUAGGAGCUGGCGGACUUGGGGCAGGAGCUGGUGGAAAGCCUCCUAAACCAGGCUAUGGUAAUCUAGGUGGUGUUGGCCCAGGAGGAGCAGGCUUAGGAGCUGGCGGUCUUGGGGCAGGAGCUGGUGGAAAGCCUCCUAAACCAGGCUAUGGUAAUCUUGGUGGUGUUGGACCAGGAGGAGUUGGCGCUGGAGGUUUGGGAGCUGGAGGACUCGGAGCAGGAGCUGGUGGCAAACCUCCCAAACCAGGAUACGGGGGUGCCGGUGGCCUGGUUCCAGGUGGCGUCGGAGCAGGAGGCCUCGGAGCGGGAGGACUCGGAGCAGGUGGAGCCGGUGGGAAGCCGCCUAAGCCAGGUUAUGGAAACUACGGAGGGCUCGGAGGGGGUUACAGGCCAGGAGGUGGUUAUGGGGGCUAUGGAGGCUAUGGAGGCUACAACCCCUAUGGAGGCUUCUACCCUGGUGCUGGAGCAGGAGGCCAGAAGCCUGGUGUUGGAGGUGCUGGUGGAGGAGGAGUCCCUGGAGGAGGAGCUGGUGUGAAACCUGGAAAAGGAGGCCCUGGAGCAGGAGGUGCAGGAGGUGCUGGGCCUGGCGCUGGUGGCACUGGAGGAGUGCCAGUCAUUCCCCAGACUGGGUUGCCUGGAGGAGGUGCUGGUGGAAAGCCUCAGAAGCCUGUACCAGGUGUCGGCGUGCCAGGACCAUACCAAGGUGGAGUUGCACCAGGACAAGGCUACGGGGUGCUUCCCGGUGUUGCAACGGGAACUGGACUCAAACCAAAGUCUGCCGGUGCAGGACAAGCAGGACCUGGGGCUGGUGGUCGGGGGGGUUAUGGUGGUCAAAUGCAGCCUGGAGUAUUCCAUGGAUAUCCUCUGAAGACUCCCAAAACACAAGGCAAUGCGUAUGCUGGUGGCAAGCUGCCAUAUGGUUAUGGUGGCUUUGGGGGCGGAGCAGGGACCAAGCCUGGCUAUCCUACAGGAACUGGAGUUGGAGCACUGGGUGCUGCACAGGCUCAAGCACAGGCUCAAGCACAGGCACAGGCACAGGCACAAGCACAGGCACAGGCACAGGCCAAAGCUGCUAAAUAUGGUGCUGCGGGUGGUGCUGGUGGAUACCGCGGUCCUGGCACUGUGCCUGGUGCUGGUGGCGCUUACCCUGGCGCAGGUGGUGCUUACCCUGGUGCCGGUGGCACAUAUCCUGGUGCCGGUGGUGCAUAUCCUGGUGCCGGUGGCACAUAUCCUGGUGCUGGUGGUGCUUACCCUGGAGCAGGUGGUGCUUAUCCUGGAGCAGGUGGUGCUUAUCCUGGUGGAGCGUAUGGAGCUGGUGGGAAACCACCCAAAUAUGGAGGAGCACAGGCACAAGCACAGGCACAAGCACAGGCACAGGCACAAGCACAGGCACAAGCACAGGCACAAGCACAGGCACAAGCACAGGCACAGGCACAGGCACAGGCCAAAGCUGCUAAAUACGGUGGUGCUGGAGCGGUCCCAGGUGGUGCGGGUGUGGUUGGUGGAACAGGAGGAAUCCCUGGAACUGGAGUCGUGCCUGGAGCAGGAGGAUAUCCGGGAGGAGUCAAGCCGCCUAAAUAUGGCGGUGCUGGUCUUGUCCCUGGUGGUGCCGGAGUAGUGGGAGGAGGAGCAGGGAUUCCAGGAGUAGCACCAGGCGCCGGAGGAGGGUAUAAUCCUGCGGCGAAAGCAGCAAAAUACGGUGUGGCAGGUGGUGCAGGUGGUGCAGGGGGAGUUCCAGGUGGAGGCUAUGGGGCUGGACCAGGCGCUGGGGCAGGAGCUGGGGCAGGAGGGUAUAAUCCUGCGGCGAAAGCAGCAAAAUACGGUCUGGGUGGUGGUGCUGGUGGCGUGCCUGGUGGCUAUGGCGUACCAGGUGCAGGCGCUUACCCAGGUGCUGGAACUUACCCAGGUGCUGGAACUUACCCAGGUGCUGGCUACGCAGGGCCAGGGGGCUAUGGUGCAGGAGCGGGAGCCGGAGCUGGAGCAAAGCCUCCUAAGUAUGGUGUGGCCGGAGGGGCAGGCGGGGCUGGAGGUGUCCCAGGCGCUGGAGGCGUGCCGGGGCUGGGCGGGGUGCCGGGAGCAGGGGCCGGAGGAUAUCCAGCUGGCGCUAAAGCUCUUAAAUAUGGUCCAGGUGGUGCGGCCGGAGGGCUUGGGGGAGUGCCAGGAGGCGGCUACGGAGUGCCAGGGGGAGGCUAUGGGGUACCUGCAGGCGGCUAUGGAGGUUAUGGAGCUGGAGCUGGCGCUAAACCACCCAAAUAUGGUGUGCAAGGUGGUGCUGGGACGGCCCCUGGAGCUGGAGGAGCAGGGACUGGGGUUGGAGCAGGAGUUGGAGCUGGAGGGCUUGCAGGAGCUAAGGCAGCCAAAUACGGCGUCGGUGCUGGAACUGGUGUAGGAGGAGCUGGACUGGGAGCAGGAACUGGACAAGUUCCAGGGGCUGGAGGCUACCCAGGAGGCGUGAAACCACCAAAAUAUGGCGGUCCCGGAGGUGUGGUGGUGCCAGGUGCUGGUGCAGGAACAGGAUAUCUGGGUGGGAAAGCUCCUAAAUAUGGUGUGCCAGCAGGGGCUGGGGUGACGGGCACAGGCGUCCCAGGUGCUACGGCUGGCACAGGUCUGGGCCUCUUCCCUGGAGGUACUGGAGUGCCACCAAUCCCUGGAAAGGCCUCAAAGGACCCAACUCUACUGCCCGGAGGAGCCACUGUGCCAGGACCAACGGCUAAUGGCACAACGAGCCAGGUCCCAGGACCCAGUGCUGGAACAGGCCUACAACCUGGAGUAGGCGCAGGUGUGAUCCAACCAAGUGCUGGGACGGGUGUUGUGGGAGCUGGAGUGCCAUCUGGUGGUAAGACUUGAAAAUGCAUGGACAGUGACAGUUUUAAAUGCAUAUUUUAACAUACAUAUGACUUUGCACACCGGUUUGUCCGUUUGCCUAAUGUGUGUCUUCUUCAGUUUUUAUACCUUAUUGCUAAUUAUACAUCUUCAUUUGCACUGCACUUAUUACCUCCAGACUUGCAUUCUUCAAAAAGUGCAGGGAGCUCUUCUUUGCGUUCUCAGGACUUGUUUGUACUAACUGUCCAAAAUGUCCAAACUAAUCCUUGUAAAAGGCCAUUUAAGUAUGCUGCGCCCUAGGC